GACCUUUGAUUGCAGUAAAACGUGCUGUUACAAGUAUUCGGUUCAAAGUUUUCUCACAUAAGAAGCUCAAAUUUAACACGAACUAGACAUAACUAACGAAUACACUUUGAAAAUAAGAUUCUAUACGCUUAAAAUCGUGGGAGAAAAAAACAAUUUCCCAAUAUGGCAAUGAUCGAAUUUGCACCGAUUAGUAUCCCAUUACAUCGAAGGCUAGAAACUGCAGCCGUGGCUCUAUAUUACUACUCUUUCUUCUUCGGUGCUUUGAUAGGGUUUCUCAUAAUCAUUGGAUUGCUCUACACUUGGUUAUAUCCAGUAGCACUACUCUAUCUUGCGUGGGCCUACCUUUUUGACUCUGGCACGCCAAGUCACGGAGGACGGAGAUCAGCUUUCAUGCGAAAACUCAGAGUUUGGAAAUACUUCCGAGAUUAUUUCCCAAUUUCGUUAAUUAAAACUGCUGAAUUGGAUCCCCAGAAAAACUACAUCCUUGGAUAUCAUCCUCAUGGGAUUCUUUGUGCAGGAGCGUUUUGUAAUUUUGCGACAGAAGCAACGGAUUUUUCUGAAGUUUUCCCGGGAAUUACCCCACAUCUACUGCCAUUGAUGGUAUACCUUUGGGAUGUUGCCUCAUAGAAAACCAAUCAAUGUAGUUGUCGGUGCUCCAAUUGACGUUACCAAAAACGAAGACCCAACGAAAGACGAAAUCCAGGAACUUCAUGACAAAUACGAAGAAAAGCUAAUUGAACUGUUCGAAGAAAACAAACUGAAAUACGGCUUGAAUGAAGAAGACAAACUUGAAAUUCUGUAAACUGGAAAUGGAUUUUUUUUUUUAAACUAUAAAUUUGAAAGCCAUACUAUCCUAAUAUAAAUGGUUGAUAUUUGGGGUUAUGUGUGAUUCCUUUUCAAUUUUCAUUUAACUUUAAAACAAACUAAGCUUAUCUGUAUGGAAAUAUUGAAAAAGUUAUUUUAUUAUUCACCGAUCCAAGGCGAUCGAAACUGCUUUUUCUAAAAAGUAAAAUCACAUAAUUUUUCGCCAAAAACACCUGAAUUCUUGAAGAUUACUCUGUGAUCCAACUUUGACUACAUAAGAAAAUAGUUAUUGCUGUUGUUCUUCGCCUUAAAUUUGUCUCAAGCCGACGUUUUCUGCACCUUUGAGUGUUUUUCUUUUGAAACCCGCGGGAAUCCCUUGGUGUAGAUGCGCAGUAAUUGUGCGCGCUGACAAUAGUAGGCACCGUCUUACAUUGCAUGGUCACCGCCAUUCUCGCUUCAAUGCACAGAAAUUAAAGAGGUUUAUGGCAUGGCAAA